UAAAAACAAGCACAGAAAGAAAAUCAAACUCAAAGAAAGUCUGGAAAACUCGAAAAUAUAGCCGAUUGAGGGAACAAAAUGAUUAGUAAAAUAUCUGCGUGGUAUCGGGACAAUGUGUCCGAGUCCGCCGACUGCAUCGCAUGUCGCCUAAUAAGCGGCUUUGGCAUGAUCGGCAUUGGAGCCUAUCUGCUCUCGCAAGCCAAACGCCGUCGCUCGCCCGUCGAACACUACGCAAUGAAGAGCAUUGCUACAGACACUUUCUCCUCCAAAAUAGUGGCUGGUUUCCUGGGCGCCGCCCGCUUGGCAGAUGCAAAUUUCCUGAAGGCAACCGCCGAGUCCGAAAAGCAGCCGAAAAAAAUUACAGGAGAACAUCCGUUCUUUAAGCGCUGAUGUCAUUUAAUUAUAGUAUAUUCGUGAAUUUAGUUUGUUCAUUACAAUUACAAUUAUAGUUGUGCAACGAUG